CACAAGAUCUCAGUGUAACACUAGAAUCCUCCACGGAUACUCUCCUUACCUUUUACUGCUUACAUACGUAAUAGGAAUUGCUGUUUGGGAGGAUACAUAAGGAAGAUCACAGAUUGGCAUAAGAAGACAUAGAGAUAUGUGGUAAAAGAAAGAAAAGCUCCAACAUCACGCGAGCAAUGGAUCUCAAUCUCACCUUAUGGUUGCCAGCAAAUCCACUAAUGUCAGAUGAUAGCAAUGAUGAUGGUGGCAAAGUUCAUGAUGGUGAUAAAGAGUAUUACGUAUCUGAGUAUGACGUAACUGUAACUAAUGGUGAAGAUGAUAGUGGUGAAGUUCAUGAUGGUGAUAACGAGUAUUAUGUAUCUGAAUAUCACGUAAAUGUAACUGAUGGUGAAGAUGAUAGUGGUGAAGUUCAUGAUGGUGAUAACGAGUAUCACGUAACUGUAAUUGAUGGUGAAGAUGGUGGCAAUGGUGAUGAUACCAAUGAUGGUGGUGAUCAUUGUUAUUAUUGUUGCUGCCAUCAUGGCAGUGAUGAUAAUCCUGAUUACCCAAGUCAGGCUGACGGCAGCAAGCACGAUGAAGAUGGCGAUGCGAGCAAUGAAGUUAUUGCUAGUAACCAUCAUGACAGUGACGGUGAUGAAGGUGAUAAUGACAACAUUGUUGUUGAUGAUGAUGAGGAUGGCGUCGAUGACAAGCAGGAAAAUGGCGACGGCCGAGUUGAUGUGAGCAAUGAAGGUAGCAAAGGUAGUGAUCAUCACGACAAUGACAGAGAGAAUGGUGACAAUGCUGAUGGUGGUGAGGACGGUGCUGAUGGUGACAUUGCUGAUGGUGUUGAGGACGGCGUCAAUGGAGACAUUGCUCAUGUCAAUGGAGACAUUGCUGAUGGUGGUGAGGACGGCGUCAAUGGAGACAUUGCUGAUGGUGGUGAGGACGGCGUCGAUGGAGACAUUGCUGAUGGUGGUGAGGACGGCGUCGAUGGAGACAUUGCUGAUGGUGGUGAUGAUGGAGACAUUGCCGAUGGUGAGUACGGCGUCAACAGAGACAUUGCCGAUGGUGAGUACGGCGAUGAUGGAGACAUUGCGGAUGGUGAGUACGGCGUCAACGGAGACAUUGCCGAUGGUGAGGACAGCGUCAACAGAGACAUUGCCGAUGGUGAGGACGGCAUCAACAGAGACAUUGCUGCUGAUGGUGAGUACGGCGAUGAUGGUAACAAUGUUGUGCUAGAUGGGAGUGAUGGGUCAUUGAGUGAGUUGGGCAUGGACGAAGCAAGAGGAGAACCUGAAGGUACAAGCGAUAAUGAAAGCUUAUCUUCAAGCGAGAGCCAAUGGGUUAUCGUGGACUGA